CUUAAGGGGAACUUGUGUCGACGACUCUUUAAGAGCUUGUUUAGAGGGACCCUAACAAUUUCAUUGUUUCUUUCUAACGGUCAAUUAAAACCACGUUCAAAAUGGCAUUCUCCGUCGAAGCCCAUACCAGCCAAGCCAGGCCCAAGAGUGAAUCAAACAACAGCAUCCCAAUCAACCAAGACCAGAGCAACACCAGCAACAUCCUUAAGAGCAACCCAAACCAUUGUGCCGCCGCCGAGUCCAACAAACAACAGAGCAGCGCCGACGAGGAAGGCUACCGAAAAUCCCAGAGAUAUAAUAUUGACGAUCCAGGAGCCAGCACGAGUACAGGCGGCACCCACAUUCGAGGAGACAAUCCGGAAGGACAACGCUACUUACCAGGAUUUCCAAGGCACUGGCUCCCCAGUCUCUUGGAUCAACUGCUCCUGCUCCAAAAGGAGAACGAGGCCAACGGAGCCUAUGAAGAAUUCGCCGACGUCAACGAUCACCACAAUACCGAUCGUGAUAGACAGCAAGCCAACUCCCAGAAUUCUGCUAAUCAGAGUGCCCACAAGCGGAAGCGGCAGCAACAACAAUCACAACGGGACAGAGCCCAGAACGCCUCAAACUCGCAACAUCAGGAUUCUCUUUUUACCAGGGUCGGUACCAACGCGUCCGCCAGCCAACCAGGCCGCGCCUUCAACGAGUUCUUUAGUAAAUCAGAAAGAUUCGGCGAGGAAGUGCCCUAUCUCAACGUACCCCACAACUGGGACGCCAACAUCCCUAUCGCAACCAGAAACGGUGGCAGGUUUACCGACUACGGCAAUGGUGAACCAAACGGUCCCGGUUUCGUCGAGCGCGCCUCAGACACAGACCCUGGCAGCCAUGGCUGGUGUCCAGCUGACAGGUGCGGACGAGCCGCCAUCCCGCUGGGAUAUGAGUGGAGCAAUGCCUACUGCCACAGUUGAAGAGAUAGACGUUCCGGUGUUCAUUGAUGAAUACCUGCAAGAAAUAGAAGCAACGUCAUCAACGUGCAGCAGCAAAAACGGAACGGAGAUUCUUACUGAGAUGGAUAAUUUUGACUUUGAUAUAAACAUGUUUGCCCCGCUUUCGGAUCCUUAUCCGACUGAGUCUGAGGGCAAGAAGACGGAACCCUACAGUCCGGCCAUGGACGAGAUGAACAACGACAACCUAAACAACGACCUUCUACCAUUGGAUGACUUGCCUAACGAGGAGGAGACUUUCGACAUGACAUCGAUGUUCGGCAGCGGCAUCGACAUCAACCUGGAGCAGGAUCAGGAACUCAUCAGCAUACUCCCCAGCUUGCAGCGGACGGCCAUGCUCACCGGUUCAAACGACCCCUUUCUGUCCCAAUGCCCGCAGUCCUUAUUUACAUUCAGCACCACCAAAUACAUCUCGGAGGAGCCGAUGAUCUCCGACAACUUAGAAAACAGCAGUAUCGUUGGCUACAGCCAGGAGUCGCUCGGCCUUGAGGAGGAUGUCAAGCCCAGCGGCAGCUUUGCCAGCAGUGGCGGUUCAGACGUCGCCGUGGCCAUCCCAGCCUCCAUCCAACACCCCAUCCUUACCAACCUCAAGCGAUCUGCUCCGGCCCCCGUGCUCGAGGCGCAGUCCAACAAGCGCAGACGACCUGAGCUCAAAAUCAACACUGAGGUAACGCCAGCAGUCACCCUAACCACGCCAGAAGUUAUCGAGUGCCUGGAUCGUUAUACGUUGCAGCUCGAGGCUCGCACCGCGAGUACCAGCACCAGCAACACCUCCAACAGCAGCAUCAUCAUCUUCCGUCCAGACAUUGUAGAGGAUCGACACAGUGCCGAUGAGGAGACUACCACCGACUUCUCGCCUCCAAACACACCACACAGUAACUACUCAGCCAGCUCCAGCUGUGCGGCGCCCACCUGCCAGACCGGAUUUGGUGGAUUCCUCACUGCUCCCCAAUCGCCCGCCUAUUCAGUAGCCAGUACCUCCGCGUUCAGCCCUUCGCCAUCCGGUGGAAUCAGCGGCAAGCGGAAGCGCGGUCGCCCUGCCAAGGACCAUGCCGACGGUCCCGAUCCCGAGCUCAUGUCCGGCAUGACCAGCGAGGAGAAGAAGGCCUACCAGGACAGAAUCAAGAACAAUGAGGCAAGCCGCGUAUCGCGCCGGAAGACGAAGAAGCGUGAGGAGGAGGAGAAGAGCGUCGAGGACGAGCUGGUGGCAGAGAAUCUGCGACUGCGUACGCUGGCCGAUGAAGUGGCAUCCAAGGAACGCAAGUUCAAGAAUUUCCUGAUGCUGCGCAUGCGGAAGGAUAGCACUUUCGCUGAGCAGGAGUAGCACGGAGAUUCUCGUAGCC